AGGUUCAAGUGAUUCUCGGUGGUAUGAAUUAAAAGCUUCGAACUUUUGUUCCUGAUACAGUAUCAGAGUUUCAAAUGGAUGCCACAUUGAAGUGAACUCGUUUUUUUUCCUUUUUUUAAUUCUGCUGUUAGUGUGGGUUGUUUGUUCACGUGCUUCAUAAUGACAAGAAUUAUAUUUUUCUGCGAGAAUAAUGUGAACAGGACCUAAGGAGCUGGAACUGGCACCUUUAAAAGCUGAGGAUUUUCUGAAUUUGCAAAGGGGACAAACAAACAGCCAGUCGCUUUGUCAUUCUUUCUCUUCUGAAACUGGGCUUUUAUUUGCUGCUACUGCUUACACUUCAAUUGGACCUCAAAGCACAGGAGAAGAGGGAUUCUUGUCCAACAUGAAUGUCACUUCACUCUUCUCCUUCACUAGCCCGGCAGUUAAACGGCUGCUCGGUUGGAAGCAAGGAGACGAAGAAGAGAAAUGGGCUGAAAAGGCAGUAGAUGCUCUGGUUAAAAAAUUGAAAAAGAAGAAGGGGGCAAUGGAGGAGCUGGAGAGGGCGCUCAGCUGUCCAGGUCAGCCCAGUAACUGUGUGACAAUCCCUCGCUCCCUGGAUGGACGGCUGCAGGUGUCCCACAGGAAAGGUCUGCCACAUGUCAUUUAUUGUCGGGUGUGGCGCUGGCCCGACCUGCAGUCCCACCAUGAGCUAAAGGCUCUAGAGUGCUGCGAGUACCCCUUUGGCUCCAAACAGAAGGAUGUAUGCAUUAAUCCCUACCACUACAAAAGAGUGGACAGUCCGGUGCUGCCCCCUGUGUUGGUGCCAAGGAACAGUGAGUUCAACGCCAAGCAUACCAUGUUGCCUCGCUUCCGUAAUCCUCUCCAACAGAAUGAGCCGCACAUGCCCCAGAAUGCCACCUUCCCAGAAUCUUUUGCUCAGGCCAACACAAUGCCUUUCCCCCAUUCCCCAGGGAACAGUUACCCAAAUUCGCCUGGAAGUGGCAGCAGUGCCACUUUCCCUCAUUCCCCAUCCAGUUCUGACCCUGGCAGUCCAUUCCAAAUGCCAGAGACUCCGCCUCCUGCCUACAUGCCCCCAGAGGAGCAGAUGACUCAGGAUUGCCCCCAGCCAAUGGACACCAACCUCUUGGCUCCACCCUUGCCACAAGAGAGUAACAACAGGGCAGGGAACCAUGAUGUGCAGCCUGUGGCCUAUGAAGAACCCAAACACUGGUGUAAUAUUGUUUACUACGAGCUCAACAAUAGAGUUGGAGAAGCAUUCCAGGCUUCCUCCACCAGUGUGCUCGUAGAUGGCUUCACAGAUCCCUCCAACAACCGCAACCGAUUCUGCGUCGGCCUUCUAUCCAACGUCAACCGCAACUCCACCAUUGAGAACACCCGACGGCACAUUGGCAAAGGUGUCCAUCUCUAUUAUGUUGGUGGGGAAGUGUAUGCUGAAUGUCUGAGUGACAGCAGUAUCUUCGUCCAGAGUCGUAACUGUAACUACCACCAUGGCUUCCAUCCAACAACUGUGUGUAAGAUUCCCAGUGGCUGCAGCCUGAAGAUUUUCAACAACCAGGAGUUUGCUGAGCUCCUGGCUCAGUCGGUCAACCAUGGCUUUGAGGCUGUUUAUGAGCUUACCAAGAUGUGUACCAUCCGCAUGAGCUUUGUUAAGGGCUGGGGAGCAGAGUAUCACCGGCAAGAUGUGACCAGCACACCCUGCUGGAUUGAGAUCCAUCUACAUGGUCCCCUGCAGUGGUUGGACAAAGUGCUAACCCAAAUGGGUUCACCUCACAACCCUAUAUCCUCAGUCUCCUAGGCUAAACUGUCCUCAGUUCUGUGGCUGUGCAUACCCCAGCAUUUUGGUCUAGGUAGCAAACAUAGGGGCUAGCUGGUUCCAGAUUGGCAAGCAGUUUAGCCAGUUUGUCUUUUUCUCAUAACUGAUAGAGGUUUUGACUGAAACAUGCUGAUCUGGGAUCAGUAGGGCUGGGUGGGUUGUUCAAAUGGGUUGGUUCUCUACUUGAAGGAUGUCUGAAUUGGGCACAUUUACAGACUGGGAGAGGGGUCAUCAAAGUGAGCGUGAUGCAGCUGGAAGAUACUUGAUCUUUGUGACCAACUGUAAUAAUUAGGUCAUCACACUCAUUGCAACACAGGUAUUCUCCCCAAUCGUGCUCCCAUGACUUCCCUUAUUCAUCACUCUAUUAUUGUCUCUCUCAUCUAGUUAUUUCCUUUACAGUCCUGUCACGCUAGGGUUGGGCGAUAUAACCCAAAAUGAAUAUCAUAUCAUUCACUUGUCAGACGGUGGUGGUUAUUAUAUCAUAAUAUUACUGGUUUUGCACUAUAUGACCCCUUUUAAUAACUCUUGGACUGUACUGAAGUUUACUUUACUAGAGUUUUACUACAGUUUAACCUGAAAAAUUUUCAGUUUCAAAUCUGCACCUUCAAAGUUAAAAUCUGAAUGAAAAACCUUCUGCAGGUUUACAUUUUACAGCUUCUUUUGAGGCUUAAACAAGCCUGCAGUGCAAAGGUCCACUGGUUCACACAACAAAAUUACACUUCACCAGUUCCAUGACAGCUAUGUCUUCAUGGAAAAAUGACUUGAUAUCACUUACAUCUAUCAGAAAAGUGUUUAACAGGUGUUUUGACUCAUCUUUAGCUUUGAUGAAUUACAUUAUCAGCACUGCAGUGCUGAUCUGAGCUGCAGAUCCACUAAUAUUAUUACUGAUUUCUAAAGGAAUGGAUAUUUGGCAUUAUUGUUUAUUUUGUCACUGUUAUUUUUCAUUGGUGUCAUUUAGAAUAUUAUUUCUGGCCUGGUGGGACUUCUCAUUGAUCUGAUUUCUCAUGGUCGUGAAGGUAUUGCACAGUCCAUGUGGUGCAUUAUCACACCGGUGAUGACUAGUGUAGCACCCACCCCUAAGUCAUGCAGUUCAAACAUACAUUUGUUGUUGCAAUAACUUUUGGACAUUCCUGCUCACCGAAAUUGGCAGUUACUUGCUCAAUUAAAUGCCUGACUGCAAUGGUAUUGACAUAUAACAUGUACUAAAGACAUGUACAGUGUUAGCAAGGCUUUGAGGACAAUUAGACAAUUCCUUUUGUUAGGUUGGCCAAAAUAACUUAAAGCAGUCGAUGUGAUGUAGUCAGUGAAAUCCUACAUCACAGAUCAUGAAAAUCAACAGAAGGGCAAAAUUAGGGCAGGAUUAAGAGUUCAGGUUGGGUUUUAAUGUGGGGCAUGGCAGUGAAAGGGCAUUUCAGCAAAAAAAAAAAAAAAAAAUGUUUAAUGUUGUUCACCAUGUGUUAAACUCGUGUUUAAAUGAAUUUUAAGAAAAAAGAAUGGUGUUUAGAUAUAUUCACUAUUAGAAUAUUGUGCUGUGCAGUCUGGUUUUGCAAAGCAUAGUUUAGUUAGGGUAGUGUUACACAUUUAUGACUGGUAGCUGAAUAUGGAGGCGAACGCAAGUGCAGUUUUAGUUGCUGUAUUUACGUACUGCAGCAAAAUAAAAAGUGGCAAAGACAUUUCAGUGCUUCAUUCUGUUGUAAUAACUGAGCAAACCCUGUGAAAUGACUUAUGAAAUUGUUGAGCAAAUUUUAAUUGUUGAAUGAAUAAAAAGGUGUCAGUUACUGAUGUUCCUUUUUUAUUAUUAUUUUAUGUAGAUCUUGCCAUUCAUUUUUGUGCUUUGAGCAGUCCAUUUGCUGUAUACUCUUUACAUUCUUUUUGUAUUUUUUAACAUCAGUUUUGUUAGUGUCCACUUCACACAUUUCUUUUGUUUUUUGUUUUUUCUCUUCUCUUUUUGCUCAGUAAAAUUCACAGAAAAGCUGUUUUAAUUCCAUGACUGUCAAGUGUCUACUGGAAUAUUCAAUAAAUUUGUUUCAUUAAUUGUC